UCACAUUUGAGCAUCAUGGAAGUCCAGUUGCCAAUACAGAAACACGGGCCACUCACAUUUUCUGGUUUCGAAGCACAGCAAAGCCAAAACUCGUUGGCGUUUUUGCUGGCACUUACAAAGGCUUUUGGGAAACAUUCACGACACUGCAUUUUACUACAUAUGCGACUUUGUUUUUCAACAGCAACAGCCGAGUCAUGAACUCCUCGGCGUCAGCAACGACUAAUAGCAUUGUUUACUGCAAGUGCAAACCUUCCUCGGAUCUUCGAGGUUCCUUUUCUUUCUCAAAACUCAAUCAUUUUCUGUCCUUCAAUGACGUUCCUCAACGCAACUCUUCUUGGGGAUGGGGGCGGAAGUCUCAGUUGCUUCUAGCUCCAAGGGCUGCUGCUCCUGAUACAGGCAAGGACAGCAAGAACGAAAAUGUCGGUGACGAUGAAAAUCAUGAGGCCCAAAAGCAGCGUGUGCUACAACCACCAUCCGUGUCGCUUAGCCUGGACGACGUCAAUCCUGUGGGACUAGGUCGAAGAUCGCGGCAGUUAUUCGAUGAAGUUUGGAGAAAGUUCUCGGGAUUGGGUCAGAUUUCUAGGACAAUCCGCACUGAUGAUACGGAGGCUCUUGAUGCUCUUCUCGUCCGCGAAGGUCCCAUGUGCGAGUUCGCAAUCCCUGGCGCUCAGAAUAUUACUGUGCUGGUUGUUGGUGCCACCAGCCGUAUCGGUCGCAUCGUUGUUCGUAAGCUCAUGCUCAGGGGUUACGCCGUGAAGGCUUUGGUCAGGAGGGCAGAUCAGGAGGUGGUAGACCUGCUUCCAAGGUCAGUAGAGAUAGUGAUUGGGGAUGUUGGUGAUCCCACCACUGUCAAGUCUGCUGUAAAAGGUUGCAACAAAAUAAUAUAUUGUGCCACUGCACGCUCUGCUAUUACCGGUGAUCUCUUCAGGGUUGAUCAUCGAGGAGUUUAUAAUCUAACUAAAGCAUUUCAGGAUCACAAUAAUAAACUGGCACAGUUGCGGGCUGGGAAAAGCAGUAAAAGUAAGCUCUUGAUUGCCAAAUUCAAAUCUGCAUCUUCAUUGAAUGGAUGGGAAGUUCGUCAAGGGACUUACUUCCAAGAUGUAGUUACCACAAAAUAUGAUGGAGGGAUGGAUGCUAAAUUUGAGUUCACUGAGAAUGGAGAUGCUGUUUUCUCAGGGUAUGUCUUCAAUAGAGGAGGCUAUGUAGAACUGUCAAAAAAGCUUUCUCUACCAUUAGGUUGUACACUUGACAGGUAUGAGGGUCUGGUUCUCUCUGUUGGUGGCAAUGGAAGAUCUUAUGUAUUAAUUCUAGAAGCUGGUCCUUUGGGGGAUCCAAGCCAGAGUAGAAUGUAUUUUGCAAGAAUUAGUACAAAAGUGGGAUUUUGUAGGGUUAGAGUACCAUUUUCAUCAUUCCGCCCAGUGAAACCAGAUGAUCAAUUGUUAGACCCUUUUCUUGUACAUACAUUGACUAUACGCUUUGAACCUAGAAGACAGAGGCCUCUCGAAGCCAAUGCAACAGUGAAGCAGGAUUUGAGAAGCUUUAAGCUGAUAUUGGAAUAUAUAAAAGCGCUUCCUGAUUGUAGAUCUUGUUCUGCGUGGUGCCUAUAUUGUGAAAUAACUAAAACAAAAAUGACUGCCUUACAAGGCAUCUGGAUGACUGGGCAAGAAACGGAUUUUGUCUUAGUUUCAUGUUCUGGACUAGGAAUUGAACCUUCCAGGCGAGAGCAAGUUCUUAAAGCAAAGAGGGCAGGUGAAGAUUCCUUAAGAAGAUCCGGCCUUGGAUACACAAUAGUUCGUCCUGGUCCAUUGCAGGAAGAACCUGGUGGGCAGCGUGCUCUGAUAUUUGAUCAAGGAAACAGAAUAUCUCAGGGCAUUAGCUGUGCUGAUGUAGCUGAUAUAUGUGUGAAGGCAUUACAUGAUACAACUGCAAGAAACAAAAGCUUUGAUGUAUGUUACGAGUAUGUUGCUGAGGGUGGGAGAGAGCUCUAUGAGCUGGUUGCACACUUGCCCGACAAAGCAAAUAACUACUUGACACCGGCACUCUCUGUCUUGGAGAAGAAUACCUGAUCCCCCCUUGUUGAGACAAAACACUUCCCGGAAGAUUUCAUAAAAACUUCUACAUGGCUGCCUCAAGUGAUUUCAUGUAACUAUUUUUCCUGUAUAUAUUCACCUGCAACCCAAAUCUACGACUUGAGUAAUUAAAUAUGUUUAUAAAUUUCUCCUUUGAAAAUUGAAACUAUACAGAAAUAUAGAUUUCAAUUGGAAUACAUCGUGCAAUCAAUGGUAAGGAUAUGUUUAUCUUGCCUUUUAUAGUGAAAGAAUAACUUGAACAUAUUUUUGGUCACCAUAAAACUUCUGACCUAACAGACCAGGCUGCUAUAGACAUGAAUAACAAGAUGUCUUUUAAGAUUGGUUUGAGAGAGCGGUGAGAGCUAGCUCAGCAGCAAUACUAUGGAUGGAAGGAAGGUAGUCAAUCAUUGACGACAUGCCUUCAAUAAUAGAACUGAGUUA